AUGUCAGCCCUCACCCAGACAUAUACGCUGCAUAAACCGCCGGGAGCCAUGUCGCGGUACCGCGGCUUGAGGGGCAAGAGCGUGUCGGAAACACGCAGUAUGGUCGAGUCCAUACUUGGUGGAGAUGCUGGCUCAGACAAGGGUACUGGGAGUCCGAUCAAGUCAGCCUUUGGGUCUAGGUAUCGAAAGAGGGCCAAAACCAUCAACGCCAGCGAUGUGCCCGAAGCCGCGCCACCACUGCCAUCUGCUACCAAAAUGAUCAACACCCUCAGUGAUCCGGCCGCUUCGGUGCAGCCGCUGGGAGACAAAGAGCCCAGUACCCCUCCCAGGAGACUUAUGUCUCCGCAGAAGAAAUCGUCAACUACAGAUUUGGAAACUGCUAGCAGGCUGUCCGAGUCGGAGACGCUGGGCGACAUCCACGAUCAGUUCCCGGCGGUGCCCACUCCUACUACAGAAAUGCCUGUUGCGACAGCCCUCACAGCUGAUACUGCAGUCGAGACGGCCAGUAUCAAGGGUGACGUUCCCGUCAAGCCGCGGCAGACUCAGGAACGGAAGCUUCUUCAAGAGAUCGAGAAGCGACGACUGGAGGAAGAAGAGGAGGCUGCCCUGCAUGCGGAUAAGGAGGCGCGGCUCAAGGCCGAGACGGAUCGCAUCUUGGCGGAGCAGAAGCGCAAGGAUAUCGAACGGAAGCAAUCCGAGCUGAGAACCGGGUCGUCACAUGGCAGCGAAUCCAGCAGCAUGCAGUCUUCGCCAAUGCAGCCAAAAGCGAGGAGCCCAUUGCUUGCCAAGUUCUUCUUCAGGAGGGGGCGGCGGUCCGACGCUGUCACCUUAUCACCGACCUCGUCGACCUGUACAUCCGUUGCGGGUGAUUCCAGCAGGGCUACGAGUUUGGAGCCACAGCUGACGCCGAGGACGUUUCUUGAUCCUGGAGCAUCGGCCUUUACGUUUCCUCUUCGCCCAGACUCGCCAACGCUGAACAGACAUGGGGCAGAUAGAUCCGUCCAGGUUCGCUGCAGAGGAGUGCGCCACGACAUCAACAUCACGCCAGAUACCAACGCUGUAGAUGUACUCUUUGCGUGUGCCACCGAUGCGACCCAACCCUUCAACACUUGCACCAGCGUCGUCGUCGAGUCAUACGCGACCUUGGGCCUGGAACGGCGGCUCCGUCGCUACGAGCGCAUCGAGGAUGUUCUCAACUCUUGGGACCGUGACACGCAACAUUACCUACUGGUCGACCCCUCUUCAAAUACCUUUGACAGUCACCAGGACCUGGACAUGUCAUCCGUCCCCGGAAGUGAGGGGCUCAUGCCACCACAGGGUUUCGUUCUCCAGAUGCACCAUUCCCAGCGACCUGGCAAGUGGAGCAAGCGCUUCAUCACCCUGCUCGGAAACGGGCAGCUCUUUUCAUGUAAGAAGGCGGACUCUGUCCUCAUCAGUCAGCAGCAAGUCGGCGGCGGCAGCGCGAGUCCGGCGCUGAUGGCGGCUGCGGCCACAUCCAUGGGCGCCACCAUGCUGUGCCACCUCAUCAGCUACGACAUUUACACGCCGACAGAGACGCAGGCAAAGAAGAACCUCAAGCCACCCAAGCGCUUCUGCUACGCGGUCAAGUCCCAGCAGAAGACGAUGGAGGCCUCGGCCGAAACCUUUGUGCACUUUUUCGCCACCGACGACCCGGACGUGGCUCACAGGUUCCAUGCCGCCAUCCACGGCUGGCGGUCGUGGUACAUUGUCAACGGACGCGGAAGCAGGAGUAGCACCGGCGACAGCAAAAAUCACAACGACCGGCGGGGGUUCGGCUCGGCGUCGCGGCCCCAGCAUCCGGGGCGUGAGGACAGCCUCGCCGCCAACCCGAUCCCGCACCCUUCCCCGGAUCAGGAGAUGCAGCUGCUGCAGCGGCACACGACGGCGACGGGGGCGCCGCAAAUCACGGCGGUGCGGCACAAGCCCAAGAAGAGCAUCAGCCACGUCAAGGUGGCGGGCGGCCGGCACCGAUUGCGGGUCAGCAUCGACGAGGCGCCGUACACCAUUGGCGACUUCCAGCCACUGCUGGACCUGGGCCGGUUCGACAAGCCGAUCGACGACUUUGGCAAGGACUGGGUUUUGAGGGCGAGCGUGAUGCCAUCUGGGGCGAAUGGCGUCGCCAGUUUGACGCAGACCACCGAGGGACCGCAGGAGGAUGAGUUUGCAAGCGGACAUAAGAAGGUUGCCAAGGGUUGCGUUUCGUCAGAUGUCAAGACUACAGUUGAAAAGAAUGGGCCACUUCAACAACCAGCGCAACAUCCAUCACCCAAAAUACCUGCAGAGGCACCUCCCUCCACGGUUAUGGACGACUCGGGCGACCAUGCAGACGCUGACACGACGGAGCAGCACGAUCCAUCCCACCCCCCGGUCCCGUCCCUCCCCAUGUCGGAGACCAAGUCAUGGUUCCCAUCUGCAUCGGCGCACACGGCCGGCCAGAAGGCCAAGGGUGAAGCGCCGCCCAACCGCGCCGCAGCGCUACGGCCGUCGACCUCUGCGGGCGAGAAGAGGUCGUCUUCAUAUCUACUUCCCAACGAAUGUCAGGUUUUCACAACCUAUUGGGGAUAUGGAAACGGCAUCUCGGAACGCUCCAGAAGACCCAACAUGCCACCCUCGUCGUCGACGUCGGGCAACCGCCAGCGCCGCCCGCCGAUGCCGCACCCGCCGCAUUCUGGCAUCCAGUCGCAGCGCCUGCUCGACGUGCCGAUGCGGUACGCUGCGCCUGGCGACGGCAGGCGGCUGGAUACCAGCGGCGGCGGCGGCGGCGGCGGCGGCGGCGGCAACGGCAACAACAGGCCGCCGACGAGCGAUGGGAGCAGCAGCGGCAGGUCGCAGGGGCCGUUUGGCAGCCGCGGGCGAUCAAAUACGGUCGGAAACGCGGGCAGGCCGCCGCCCUUGCAGCCGGUGCCGCCGGUGCCGUCGCUCAGGGGCAAGAGCGCGGCCAGGUCGCAGGGGCCGCCUGGCGUCGAGCACUGGGCUAGGGGGGUUGCCAGCGCGGAGCGGGAGAGGGGCGUCGGGCAUGGUGGGAUCAAGGGGAGGAAUGGGAUGGCUGGGUGUUAG